AAAGCAGUGGGGCAGCUAAUCCUCACAGACCUGUAGGAGCAGGCUUGCCAGCCAAGACCACGGACUGGAGCACCUUUCUUGUGAGUCCCUGGCUUCCCAGGCAGCUUCAACACUGGAGGGGAUGGGGCGCAAGGAGGAGGAGGAGGAGGACAAUGACUGUGGUUCCUGGAAGAAACAGACCACCAAUAUCAGGAAAACCUUCAUCUUCAUGGAAGUGCUGGGAUCAGGAGCUUUCUCAGAGGUGUUCCUGGUGAAGCAAAGGGUGACUGGGAAACUCUUUGCCCUGAAGUGCAUCAAGAAGUCGCCAGCCUUCCGGGACAGUAGCCUAGAGAACGAGAUUGCUGUGUUGAAAAGGAUCAAGCAUGAAAACAUCGUGACCCUGGAGGACAUCUAUGAGAGCACCACCCACUACUACCUGGUCAUGCAGCUUGUUUCUGGGGGUGAGCUUUUUGACCGGAUCCUGGAGCGUGGUGUCUACACAGAGAAAGAUGCCAGCCUGGUCAUCCAGCAGGUCUUGUCUGCAGUGAAAUACCUCCAUGAGAAUGGCAUCGUCCACAGAGACCUAAAGCCUGAGAACCUGCUGUACCUUACUCCAGAGGAGAACUCCAAGAUCAUGAUCACUGACUUCGGUCUAUCCAAGAUGGAACAGAAUGGAGUCAUGUCCACGGCCUGUGGGACCCCAGGCUAUGUGGCUCCAGAAGUGCUGGCCCAGAAGCCCUACAGUAAGGCUGUGGACUGCUGGUCCAUUGGUGUCAUCACAUACAUAUUGCUGUGUGGGUAUCCCCCUUUCUAUGAAGAAACAGAGUCAAAACUUUUUGAGAAGAUCAAAGAGGGCUACUACGAGUUUGAGUCUCCGUUCUGGGACGACAUUUCUGAGUCAGCCAAGGAUUUUAUUUGCCAUCUGCUGGAGAAGGACCCAAAUGAACGGUACACCUGCGAGAAGGCCCUAAGACACCCCUGGAUUGAUGGGAACACGGCCCUGCACCGGGACAUCUACCCAUCUGUCAGCCUCCAGAUUCAGAAGAACUUUGCCAAGAGCAAGUGGAGGCAAGCCUUCAACGCUGCCGCAGUGGUGCACCACAUGAGGAAACUACACAUGAACCUGCACAGCCCCAGUGUCCGCUCAGAGGUGGAGAACAGGCCACCUGUGUCCCCAGCUCCUGAAGUCUCCAGACCAAGCUCCCAUGACAAUACCAUCACAGAGGCCCCCAUCCCGGACCCAAGCACACCCCUUCCUGCUCUGACCCGACUGCCCUGCCCACACAGCUCCCGGCCUUCAGCUCCUGGUGGCCGCUCACUGAACUGCCUGGUCAAUGGCUCUCUGCGCAUCAGCAGUAGCCUAGUGCCCAUGCAACAGGGCCCCCUAGCCACCGGGCCCUGUGGCUGCUGCUCCAGCUGUCUAAAUAUCGGGAACAAGGGGAAGUCCUCCUACUGCUCCGAGCCCACCCUCUUCAGAAAGGCCAACAAAAAACAGAACUUCAAGUCAGAGGUCAUGGUACCAGUGAAAGCUGGUGGCAGCUCCCACUGCCGGGCUGGGCAAACUGGUGUGUGUCUCAUUAUGUGAUCCCAGGAGCCUGUGAAGUUUUCAGGUAGGAUCUGAGGCUUGUGAGCCA